AUGGUGAGAACAUCGCAGAUUGCGCGGGAUUCAACCGAAGAACCCAUCCGAUGGAUCCAACGAGACUAUGUCGACCAUCAAGGCAACCCGGUCAUUUUGGGGAAGGUGGCUAGCCACGGAAGGCAGUUUUAUCAACCAGAGCCAAACGAACUCGAGGCGUACCGACUUCAAGUAUACAGCACGACUCCCAUCCAGCCGGAAGAGUUCAACAAUCUGUACGAAUAUUUUUACUCGGAAUUCGACCAGUUUCCCUUUCUAGAAAUUUACUCAUACAACCCACCGGAUGGUCUGGCUUGCGUGGAACAUCAGCGUCACGAAAUUGCUUAUCGAAAGCGUCUUCAGGCUGGACAGCGGGGAGGCCUUCCGCCUUUGAUCCCCACGAUGAAAAUUGGAUUUAAGGGCGAGUUCAUGUCAGGAUUCUGUUUCCUUCUCACGUCUAAAAGCUAUCUCCAAGGUGCAUACCGUGAUAAUGACCACGGUACCGGCCCCUACUGGAUUACCUUCGAUCGGAGUCUUCCAGCUGUUACGAAGGAGCUCCCUAUGAUAAAACGUCUUGGUAGCCCCGCGACUAAGCUUCAAACUUUUGCGGAGGGGGGUAUCUCAGUUGAUCCAGAAAUUCGCGAUAUCAAUGUGGAUAUUACGACAAAUCAGAACGGAUUCGGCUUUGAUAUAAAAGAUCUUAUGAUAGGACGCUAUUCGACAUAUGUUUAUGGGCAAUUUGAUUAUGGGCUAUAUGAACCGUCCCCGCCCGCAUUGUCCGAGACUCUCACUAUACAACAUAUCCAAGAGGCUUUAGAGCAGCAACAAACGGCGGAAAUCCAAUCCCUUAAUUUGAAUGUAUUUCGAAUUAUAUGGGGAUCUGAGAGGAGUACUAUCACUAUCACGAACAAGUCUUUGGAUAGUCAAUGUGACCUUCAGUACGUGAUCUAUGUCCAGUUCCUCGCGGAUAUCGAGAUCAAGCAGGAAAGGUCCAAUCUCCUAGAGACAACCGCACGCACAUUCACUGCAGCCAUCAUCUCCUAUCUCCCCGUCUCCAAAACAAUUUACUUCGAGUUCAGGAUCCCCACCUCCUCCUCCUUAUCUUCCCUCAUAUCUGCGCCACCCAACGGAUUUGACAUCGGUGCCUCCCACGAAUUCCAGGCGGGCUCAGGAACGUUUAUACGGGCAUUGCCUCAGGGUUCGCGUGACUAUUCCUUCCGCCCGUUCUCCUAUUACUAUUUUACAGUGGUUCUUGAUAAGCCUACCUUCAUUCAUGAGCCCGGUGUGCUAUUCUUCACUCUCUGGGCCGACCCCGCGCUAGAAAUUGAAAUUGACCCCGACUCUAUCACGGAUCCUAUCAUUGAGACUCGUCGGAGUGCUGGUAUCUAUGAAGCUACGAGAAGACUCGGCAUGCUUUCGGUGGCAGAGAAUAUCCAGGAUAGUGCAAGGAAGCUCACGCGAGAGGAGCAUAGGGAAUUGUUGUCUUUGUCACCGGAGGAGUACGAAGAGAAGAUGAACUUCUAG